AAGUGUUUACAAAUUUUACAAACUGAAAAUUUCCAUUUUUGUUGUAUUCUCACCGAACACAAUUUUUUUUUUAAAAAAAUGGGUAAAGAGAAAGGGGGUUUUCUUACACCAAAAGCAAUAGCUAAUCGUAUAAAGGCGAAGGGUUUACAGAAAUUGCGAUGGUAUUGUCAGAUGUGCCAAAAACAAUGCAGAGAUGAGAAUGGAUUUAAAUGUCACAUGAUGUCAGAGUCUCAUCAGAGGCAGCUGCUACUGUUUGCAGAAAAUCCAGAUCAAUACAUCGAUGACUUCUCAAAAGAGUUUAUGGAUGGUUAUUUGGAGCUGCUAAGGAGAAGAUUUGGUACAAAAAGAGUUCACUGUAACAUUGUGUACCAGGAGUACAUUGCUUUUCGAGAACAUGUCCACAUGAAUGCAACACAGUGGGAGUCACUCACAGAAUUUGUCAAAUGGCUAGGAAGAGAAGGAAAAUGUGUAGUGGACAACACAGAGAAAGGCUGGUUCAUUCAGUAUAUUGACCGCGAUCCAGAGACAAUUAAGAAACAGGAGCAGAUGAAAGCGAAAGAGAAAAUGGAUAUGGAUGAUGAGGAGAGGACAGCUGUUUUUAUACAGAAACAAAUAGAGCGGGCGGCAGAACAGGGGACGUCAGCCAAGGAGACAGAGUAUACAGAACUAAAGAGAGAGAAUGAGGAGGACAAGGUUUCUCUGAGUUUUUCUGGACUGAAGCCCAAGAAAAAGGAAGACAAUUCAGUAUUGAAAUCAGACAACCCUUUCAGUUCAAAGAAACCAACAGAACCAGAAAAGCCAAAGAAAAGGGAGAGCAGGUGGGAAAAAGAAGAGCCCAAGAAGGAGGUAAAAAAAGACCCCUUCAAACCUCCCAAGCCUGGAGAGAAACGGAAAUCAGCACUGGACGAAAUCAUGGAGUUUGAAGAGAAAAAGAAAGAGAAAACAAACAGAAAAGAUUACUGGCUGAUGGAAGGCAUUGUUGUCAAGAUUGUCACAAAGAAGCUUGGGGAGAAAUUCCACAAGAAAAAGGCAGUGGUCAAGGAGGUCCAGGACCUGUACAGGGCUGUGAUUGAAACAUUAGACUCAGGAAACAAAGUCAGGGUAGACCAGAAUCACUUAGAGACUGUUAUACCAGCUCAAGGUAAACUGGUGAAGAUUGUGAACGGUGCCUACAGAGGUCAUGAUGCUGUUCUGGAGGGGAUUGAUGAGAAAAAAUUCAGUUGUACAGUGUCUAUACAUUCUGGUCCAUUAAAAGGGCGUGUUGUGGACAAUGUUCAGUAUGAAGAUAUCAGUAAACUUUUUAACCAAACCUGAAGCUGUGUGUCCAAUGCAGAAAAAAACAUUUGAAAGACAGAAAAAAUACAAUUAAAUUGUGACUAUAUAUGUCUUUUAAUUGUGUCAAAGAGAUUGAGCUGGACUUAUGUUUUAAAAACACAGGCAUCUGUAGGAAGGGAAGAUAGCUAUUUUAGUUAACAGGCAAUACUUUGCCUAUUUACUGUCAAUUUCACUAAAAGCAGUUAAGACAACUCCUAACUGUGUUUUAUGAAACAUGAUCUACAAGUAUAUUGUUAUGUUGAUGCACAGAAUUGUGUAAAAAGAGAGUAUUUUAAUGCAGCUGUCCAUUGAAAGAUUUUGUGAAGAUGUAAAAAACAUUCUUUUAAUUUAUAUACGCUUUUGUUAUUGUAUGGAAAGAUUUUAUAUUCCAAAUACAUAUGUAAAUCACAGGCUCUUUUUUCCUGUAAAAGUUAUACAUGUAAUACCAUAGGUUAAAAAUUUAUUACAGAAAUAACUGACUGUGAUGUAAAUAUAUAUUUUUGACUCUACCUGUAAUGUACAUUUUUUAUAAUUAGGCAGCAAAAAUUGGUUGAUUUAAUAAAAGCAAAGUACUUGGUCCCUGUGAA